AUGCAAGGGAGCGAAGAUACAACCAAGAAGCGAAAGCGACAGGUUUAUCAGGGAUACUUGCAUAAGCAUGGAAGCACGGGAGAAAAUCCGAGUUCGAGGAAGCGUUGGUUCGUGCUCCGAAGGGCACUCUUCCUCUGUUACAAGGGGAGCGCUGCGACGAAACCUCGUCUUAUUCUUGACGUUGGCGGUGGAAAAGCAGAUUUCGAAGAAGAUGACAAAGGGUCUAGACUGAGGCUAGUAUCAUCGAAUGGACGAUCCCUCCUCCUCAGUGCUGCCUGUGAAGCUGUACCACCUUCUUGGGACUUUCUUGUCUGGUCCUCAAGCUCGUCACAGGAUGCAAAGUUAUGGUUCGACGCGUUUCAAUCUGCUUUCGCCCUCAGGCAAGUAGCACUCUUGAUGGGCAGUGACGUGCAUGACAUGUUCUCUGUUGAUCGCAGAAGUACCAUGGCGGAAGGAGUCGCCGACCAAGCUCCGUCCAACAGCGUCCACAACCCUCGGGGACUCCCUGUCCUGCUCGUGUUGGAGAUGAUUGAGGGACCUUGCAAGGGAGAACGCUUCGAGAUCCCCACAGAGGGAGUGACGGUCAUCAGAAAGCCCUCGGGCAUUUCUGCACUUCAUCACAAGGUUUUGAAAGAGUUGCAGCUUCCUGACCAGGAUGUGUCUCGCAAGCAUGCAGAGAUUCGGUGUGAAGGAGGAGUCUACUCCAUCAAAGACCUUGGAAGCUUGAACGGAACUGUGUUGAACGGCACUCGGUUGAGCCCAGAAAAGGUGGCGAGCGAUUGGAAAGUAUUGUCAGGAGGAGACAAGCUUAUCAUUGGAAAGUGCGAAAUUUCUGUGUUCUUCCGUGUCAAAGUACCCGACGACCCGUUGAGUUUUGAAGAGAUCGAGAAGAGGAGGAGGAGGGCAGAACGCAGGCUGAAGUAUUCCUGGCGGAUGUGCUGGGGGUGA